AUGGUUGACCCUGAAUACAUAGGCCGAGUCAGUCUGAACAAGACUAGUGGAGCUCUGGAACUAAGCAAUCUGAUCAUGGCUGACUCUGGAGUCUACACCGUAACCUUCACAUCAACAGACAGUACAUCACCACAACAGGGACAUAUUUCACUGCAGGUGUUUGAGCUGGUGUCUGAUGUAGCCCUCAUUGGCCCUGAAUACAUUCUCAUUGAGCAUAACUCUGCCCAAUUCACCUGUGUGGGAAACGGCACCGUGAUUACCACAGAAUGGAUGAAGGACAAUCAAAUUCUGGCUCCCAGCACAAGAUUCAUAUUCUCAGCUGAUAACAGAACUCUGUUAAUCAAUCCAAUAAGGAGAUCAGACAGUGGUGAAUACCAGUGUACACUCAGCAACCCUGUCAGCUCAAAUACGUCUAACUACAGAAUGACUAUUAACUAUGGGCCAAACGUUUGGAUAAUGGGCACCAAGGUGGUGGAGAAGGACUCAGACGUACUGCUCCUCUGCUCCUCCGCUUCACGACCUGCCGCCACAGUAACAUGGACAGUGAACGGCAUGAGCGCAGGACACUCCCCUCUGUAUGUGGCAGAGAGCAGUAACCUGAGUCACAGCGGAGAGUACAUCUGUACAGCCUGGAACAACGUCACUGGUCUCACAGCCUCUGCCGUACACUUUCUCACAGUGAAAGCCUCUGAGCUGAGUCCUGGGGCAGCUGCAGGUAUCGCAGCAGGUGUUAUUGUGGGAGUGGAGGUUUUGAUCGUGAUUCUCUACAGCCUCAUAACCCACUUUAAGUAA